AAAUGGCCCACAGUUCACCUGAUCAUUUCCUGGCUCACGCCAACUAUUCUCCUAAACCUAAACAAUCUCCUCCAAAGCCCCGUAAUUAGCUACUUUCCUAAUUCUCUUCUGGGUCUAGUCUACUGAUUAUCUUCUUCAUGCGUAGGAUCCAAAACCAGCAACUGCGAUGCUUUUUCAAAUAUAGCCCCUGGAAGAGAACCAGAUGGUGAAGACCCCGCAAGAAUUCGCCAUGUAUGUUGCUAGAUGGUUCUCAGAUCUCGAUUGGAAACUUCUCUUGUUAUUUGUUCCUCCUCUAUUUAUCAUUGUUUUUCUCUUUGUAUCUGCUACACCCGUUAGUCCUUUAUCCACUUUCGCCCCUCUUGCGUCUUUUUUCUUCAAUAGAACUACUUCAGCCGAUGAUCCAUGUGUGUUGCCGUUGAAUCGGAGUCAGGGGGUGAGGUCGUGGGAGGAUGAACUGUACCGGUCGAGAAUGGCGGUGUGUUUGGUUGGUGGAGCUAGAAGAUUCGAGCUAACUGGACCGUCGAUUGUGGAGAAUAUUCUCAAUGUGUAUCCAAACUCAGACCUCUUUUUGCAUUGUCCUUUAGACGAAAAUGCUUUCAAGUUCUCGCUCUUGAAAUUGGCCCCCAGGAUAGCCACCGUACGCAUCUUUCAGCCCAAACCCAUUCCGGAAACUGAGGCUGAGGUCCGAGUACUCACCGCCUCGAAUUCCCCGAACGGAAUCCAGGGCCUACUGCAGUAUUUUAAUCUCGUAGAAGGAUGUCUCACAAUGAUAGAGGAGUACCAAAACCAAAACAACUUCAAAUACGACUGGGUAGUCCGUACUCGAGUUGAUGGCUACUGGAACGCCCCACUUGCACCAGAAAAUUUCAUCACGGGUCACUACCUGGUCCCACCGGGCUCCACCUACGGUGGUCUUAAUGACCGCCUCGGUAUUGGCGAUUUUAACUCCUCAGCGGUGGCCCUCUCUCGUCUCUCUCUCAUCCCCAAACUAGACUCCGCCGGGUUACGCAUGCUUAACUCGGAAACCUCAUUCAAGGCCCAACUCACCACCUACGGCGUACCCGUCAUCACCAAACGCCUACCUUUCUGCAUUGUGUCGGACCGCAAGUACGGUUUCCCGCCAUACCGGUUUGGGGUCCCUGUGGCGGCAUUGUCGAGCCCAGGUCCAUUAAGUGGGGCUAAAUGCAGGCCGUGCACGCCUGUCUGCGAAGGAAGUUGCGUUGAAGGUAUAAUGUCAUGGCUUGAUAAGGGUUGGAGCUGGACAAAUUGGGAAAGCGGGACACUGAAGCUAUGUGACGCUCAUGGUGAAUGGGAGAAAGAGUGGGAGACUAUUUUUGACAAAGUAGCGGGGAAGAAACGCGCCGCCGUGAGGAAGCGGAUUUGGGGUCUGAAGUUGAAGCAAUGCGUGAAUGAUUUCAAUGAAAUGAAGAGGCGGAGUUCCAAGUGGGACUCUCCACCGCCGGAAGAGAUAUGUAGUUUGGGCGUCGGAGAGAAUUAAGAUGGUGGCUGUAAAAAGAAAUACUUAAGAGGGUAAUUUUGGUUUUUAUCAUUGUAAAUUUUUCUUUUUAUUUAGUAAUAUAUAAAACAAAAUCUCUAGAAUUCUAACA